AGCAGUGGGUCAUCUGUCGACGUUUUAUUUGCUGUCGAGCCACGACAUGAACCGUCCAGUGAAAGUGAGUUGUGAGGCCAACAGAAGUCGGGAUCAAGUAUCUAGCGAAAGCUUUAUGGAACUCCAAAUCCUUACGAAAGAUGGAGAUCUGGAUUGGAAGUUAGAAAACAGUCAACUACAUGAAAGCAGACAAUGGAUCACAUUCUAUGUGAACAAUAUCAGAAAAGGUGUACAGAAAUCAAUAGCCCUGAUGCUGUCCAACUACAGAAUAUCUUUCUCAGAACCGGAAAACCGACAUUUGGAGAGAGAAAUAGACAUAUUGAUAGCUAUAUACAGAGGACGAAUCAACACAAAACCCUGGCGUCAAAUCGGCGUGGCUCUUGGAGUACCAUUGCAUGACCUCAACGCCUUGGAUGCUAGAAAGCCUCGAUCGCUACAGGAGAAAGUCUGUAUGGUAUUGGGAAAGUGGCUGAAGGAUAACCCACGCCGUUCUUUGCGUGAAAUAAGUUCUGUCUGGAACUAAUAAGUUCGGUUCAUGUCUAAACCAGCGAUUUCAUUUUGGUCCGUGUUAGAAGCAAAGAAGCUGUUUUAAAUUGAUUCAUGUUAGAAACAAACUCGGAUGUUUUGUUAUGAUAUCGAAGUCAAGUAAUCCGUUAACAUUUAUGUAUACAUGUAUUGCUUCGAUAAAUAACAUCAUAGUAAUAGUCAUUUCAAACAGCACUACGUGUUCCUUGUUAUUGCCAAUGGGCCGCGGUGGCCGAGUGGUUAAGAUGUACCGACACUUUAA